AUGGAGGACGUUAACAAACUCACGAAGAUACCUUCGAAGAACUUCUCCAUCGAGUCCAUAGUCGGGUUGAACGAACGCCGAUCCCCCGAGAUCGAUAUAGAGACGAACAUCUCGCAGGACUAUUCGGGAAAUUCGCAUUCCGAAGACGAGGACUUGAAAGUUAGGGAGGGGAAAAUGAGUUAUUAUUUCGAUCGGAGUCGUGUUAAUAAUUUUCCCUUCUUCAUGGCUUACGAUAAAAGGGGUUAUCAGAAUGAGCAAGCGGCGCAGGAGGAUUUGAAGAGGGCCAGUCCGGGCAGCGUCAGGAGUGAGGUGGACAGCGACGGAGUUGACGAAAGACAGCACGAAUCCUUGAGUCCGCAGUCAGAACAGAUCGCGAACACAACGUCCGCCCCUGAUCCGAAUAUACGAAGAUACCGGACGGCGUUCACGAGGGAACAGCUCGCGAGGCUGGAGAAGGAGUUCAUGAAAGAGAACUACGUCUCCCGACCCAGGAGGUGCGAGCUUGCCGCCCAGCUUCAGCUACCAGAGUCAACCAUCAAGGUAUGGUUCCAAAAUCGAAGAAUGAAAGACAAAAGACAGCGUAUCGCAGUGGCGUGGCCUUACGCGGCGGUCUACAGUGAUCCUGCGUUCGCGGCCUCAAUCCUCCAAGCGGCGGCGUCGUCCGUCGGUCUCCCCUACGGCUAUCCCAAUCCAGCACUAAUCCCACCGUUCCACAACCCGCAGCUACUACCCGCGGGAUACCCCUACCCCUAUCCCCCCUACCCCCGGUAUCCGUACAUCCCGAACCAGUCGUCCCCCGUCAACGAGCCGACAAUAAGGCCCACCUAUCCCAAUUUCAAUUUGAAUGUCGACAAAUAA